ACAGCCGCAGCAGCAGCGCGCCCGCCGGAGCGCCCGCCUCGCACCCGCCAUCGGCGCGCACCGAGCCCUCGAGCAGCCGCGGCUCCUCUCCUGCCGCAGCGGGACCCCAAGAUGAAGAUGUUAUCUGUGCUGCCCCAGCAGUGUCUGCUGCUGCUGACAUGUCUCCUAAUGGCCUUGGAAGCUGUACCUAUAGACAUAGAUAAGACAAAAGUCAAGGCAGAAGGCCAUGUAGAAGGAGAGAAGGUAGAAAAUCCAGAUACAGGACUUUAUUAUGAUGAAUAUCUCAGGCAAGUAAUAGAUGUCUUGGAAACUGAUAAGCAUUUCAGGGAGAAACUCCAGACUGCUGACAUAGAAGAAAUAAAGAGUGGAAAGCUAAGCAGAGAGCUUGAUUUAGUCAGCCACCAUGUGAGAACACGGCUGGAUGAACUAAAGAGACAAGAGGUAGCAAGAUUAAGAAUGUUAAUUAAAGCUAAAAUGGAUUCUGUUCAAGACACUGGUAUAGACCAUCAGGCUCUCCUUAAGCAGUUUGAGCACCUGAACCAUCAGAAUCCUGACACUUUUGAACCUAAAGACUUGGAUAUGCUGAUCAAAGCAGCUACAAGUGACCUGGAAAACUAUGAUAAGACUCGCCAUGAGGAGUUUAAGAAAUACGAGAUGAUGAAAGAACACGAGAGGAGAGAGUAUUUAAAAACACUGGAUGAAGAAAAGAGGAAGAAGGAAGAAUCCAAAUUUGAGGAGAUGAAGAAAAAGCAUGGAGAUCACCCUAAAGUUCACCAUCCUGGAAGCAAAGAUCAACUGAAAGAGGUGUGGGAAGAAGCAGAUGGACUAGAUCCUAAUGAAUUUGACCCCAAAACAUUUUUCAAAUUGCACGAUGUCAAUAAUGAUGGUUUCCUGGAUGAGCAAGAAUUAGAAGCCCUAUUUACUAAAGAGUUAGAAAAAGUUUAUGAUCCCAAGAAUGAAGAGGAUGACAUGGUUGAAAUGGAAGAAGAAAGGCUGAGAAUGAGAGAACAUGUAAUGAAUGAGGUUGACAUCAACAAGGACCGGCUAGUGACUUUGGAUGAGUUCCUGCGAGCUACAGAGAAAAAGGAAUUUUUGGAGCCAGACAGCUGGGAGACACUAGAUCAACAGCAGCUCUUCACCGAGGAUGAGCUGAAGGAAUUCGAAAAUCACAUUUCCCAGCAGGAAGAUGAACUCAGAAAGAAGGCAGAAGAACUUCAGAAACAGAAGGAAGAGCUACAGAGGCAGCACGAUCAGCUUCAGGCUCAGAAACAAGAGCUUCAGCAGGUUGUAAAACAGAUGGAACAAAAGAAACUACAGCAAGGAAUUCCUCCUGCAGGACCAGGUGGAGAACUGAAAAUCCAACCCCCUGCUGAGCACAAAGCUGCAGAUGCAGCACAGCACCCAGCAGGAGGAGAUCAGCCUUUACCACCAGGACACGUGCAAGAAGCAGCUGUCAGAACUGAUCCAGUUCACCCUUAACCACUCGUGCCUCAACUUUAUAGCAUCUUUAUUAUUUGGGGAGGGAGGGAGGGGUGGGGGGGACAGGAAAUCAGAGUCAAACAUGAACUUUCUCCCUCAGACUGUAAAAUCAUCAGGAAUGUUAGACAUGAAGUAUCAGAUUUGCUUUUUAAGUUAAAUUAAUUUUCUCUCAAAUGCAUUGGUAAGAAACACAAGGGGAUCAUGUAGAGGCUAUAACAGAGAAGGAAAAUAAGGAAACCAUUAAUACUAAAGGUUUUUUUGGCCAGGGGACUGAGAUGCUGAACUCUCCCCUCACAAAGAAGGGGGAGAUGUCUGCUAUUCUGUGUUUAGGCAUGAAUCAGGAUCUUCUCAGAGAGGAAACAGGGAACAGGCCUGGAUGUUAAGUUAGGUCUAGUUUGAUGUAGAAACUCUUUCCAGAAAUGCUGAAAAGCAAAAGAUGGGGAAACAAAGACCAUAGAUAAAGGCCUAUUUCCAGCACUACCAAACUCUUCCUUCUUUGAGACCAAAUAAAAAUAAAAUUUCUUAAUCACAGAAAA